AUGCCUCGGCCGAAGCUUUUCACCGUGCACGACUAUCCGUGCACGGGCAGGAGGCUUCUCAAGCCACGGGAAGCAGCAGCCUCUCCGGCCGCGGGCAGCUGCCCCUACGACAGCAGCCGGAGGACCCCCGACGCCACGCAGCAGCAGGGGAUAUUGGGCUAUGGAGAGGCUGUGCCUUCGUUUGCUGUUUCCCUAGUGAACUGCCCGCUGCCCCUCUAUGACCAAGACCUGCUGCACCACGUGCACGGACAGCAGCUGCAGCUGCAGCCGCACCCGCUGCAGCAAAUCGAAGGCUUCUACUCCCCCCUGCCGCCUUCUCCCCGUGAGAUGCACCAGCUGCAGAUCCCCUCUCAGCAAGCUGCUUCGCAGCGCAGCUGCCUGAGACAGGAGGAAGGAGAGGUGGCGAGCAAGGGGGCCCUCGACAGCUUCAGUCCGACCUUUGCAACAGAACUCCUGGCAGACAUAGAGCUCGACGAAGAAACUGGGUCUCCUGCUGCUGCUGCUGACGCAGCUGCUGCUGCAGCGGGCGACGCAAGGGCAAAUUCGGGAGCAGCGGGAGCUAAUUUUCUGCUGCUCAUAGAUGUGCCCGUGCAGCAGAGCAACGCAGCACCAAGCUAG